GGCAACUUAAAAGUGGACGUUACAAAUCAAUGCGAUGUUUGUGCUGGUUUCGUUAAAGGAUACUGUUGUUAUCAAACCUAACUACUUUGGGUCAGAUAUGAAAGAAGUCAUAGAACAAGAGCUCAAUGCUCGCUUCUGUGGCAAAGUGUGUAGCGGUCGAUGUUUACUUUGUGUUAAUUGCAGAUGAUUAUGUAAACAAAUCGUUUAUGUUUGAUUUUCACAUUAGCUCAUUCUUCACUUUGACACGUAUUCGUGAUAUCUUUUAAAGCAAACUGAUUUUCAGCAGGAACUAUUGUAGUGCUUUUUAUCUAUCUAGAGUGGUGCUUCAGUUGAUGCACUUAUUGCCCCAGCGAUUCUUCUGCUCGUAUGUUUCUAUAUGUAGGGUUCCUAUGUGUUUAAUUAAGUGGAAUUACGGAAGGAAUAUGUAGCCAUUCGGUAGAGGUGUUGUGACGUGGUUUCCUAUUCUCACUGUUAACCUGAUUUGGGAAUAUACACGUGUACCUCAACAGCUCAUGUACUUAAUUAUCAGUCCUUCGGUGAUGACUUAGAAUCUAGUUUUGGAGUUGGUAGUUGAAACAUGUAAUGACCUAACCAAUCACUCUUGGAGUUACCGGAAAAUAUGUCAAACUGUCACCUAUAAGUGGCUGUGAAACUCAAACAGCCACGUGAUUAGUAGCCGUACAUUUCGGCUGCUCACAUAUCGAAAGGAGGCGACUCUGAGUUGAAAUUUAUUAAUUUCACACCAGUUUCUAUACAUGAUAUAUCGCAGUGGUGCGCUAAAUAAGUCAGCAAGUUGGAUUACACUACCACGGUGCCCAUGUUCUACUGAUGUAUUCAGGAAACACAUCCGACUACCUACCAAGAGUUGGGUGCCUUAAUCAGCUGCUCUUAUUUUACUAAUACGUGACUGUAAAACUGAUGGAAAAUGUAGGUCAUUAAGAGGCUGGAGAUGCCCGACCGUUAUUCUUGUAAUAUCGCCCAGAUAUAGGGAAAUCAUUGUAUGAGCAACGUACUAGUUUCGAAUAAAGCUGCGGGUGAAAACAUCAGUUUGGAAGGUUGUAAAGCUUUACCUGCUGAGGUCUUGCGCAAGGUUGUGUUUUAUGCCCACUUUAUCACCAUCUACCCCAACAGGCUGUGUUAGCUGAAGUGGAGUUGGGUUGGGAUACACCUAAGGGCGAUGAAACUAAAACGCGUCAUCAGUGCAUGAAGGUUUUUGUCUGUCCGAGACAUAUAGGAAGGUAUAGACCCCCAGUUUUGGGUCUGUGUAACAACUGGAAUUGAUAGUUAGAGUCUUGAUGGGGUGGGAUUAGUAUAAGUACCUCCUAAUUCACACGGACUACUCUGUGGCGGGCGCCUAGUUGACUUGGAGUAUGCAGACGAUAUUGUCCUGGUGGAUGAAGACGCUGACAAAAUGCAGGGUCUUCUGAACGCGUUGAGCAGACAUCUGAGUGUGUUUGAAAUGCAUUUUCUCACCUGUCAAAUGUAAGAUGAUGCUACAGUACUGGUUUGCUGCUACUCCCACUUCGAGAAUAGAGAGUAGAGUGGUAAAAUGCACAGACCACCUCAAUUACUUCGGGAAGUUGCAUUAGCCCGGACUAGCUAGUUGCUGACGAAAUCUCAUCUCGGAUACUGAAGGUCCGUUAGUCGUUUGCGAAAUUGCCUCAUCUCUGGGACCGACUGUCGGAAUAUCCGACCACCUGUUAAGGGACGAGUGUACUGAGCUGUUGUUCAUUCUGUCCUGUUACACGACCGUGAGACGUGACCUUUGAAAGUAAAUAAUGGGAAGAGAUUACAGGUUUUUGACCACAGGUAUCUUCGCAGCAUUUCUGGUGUAUGAGUAAUGUCGAUGUUAGGCGAAGCAUGCAGUGCAAGACAGAUAGGCUAGUUGGUGAGUUAGUGAACCUUGACUGACUGAUGUGGUUUUGACGUGUGUUGCCCAUGCUGAGCCACUACUUGCCUUGUCGUGCAAUAUUACCUGGGGGGGAAAUGGGUUGAAAGAAAGCUCAUUGAGGUCAGACCAAGGCGAGCAAUCAGGUCUGUGGCUGUUGGUCUGGGCUGUGUAUGGAGGGAUGAACUACUUGUUUAGGGCGCUCGAAAUAAUAGGAAUCAGUAUUUGGAGAAUCUUGGUUAAAAUGGCGUGGAUGUGUUCACUGUUUGAAGUCUUCUACAGACUGAAUGUCUACACGAAUCUUAACCUUGGAAUUAUUUCUCCUUCCACACAGUUUUGUGUACUUUGACAUUGCUGUCUUUCUCUAGACUUGUUCUUUAAAUGGUGCUGUGAAGUGUGGUUGCUUGAACCAGUCCACUUGUGUGGGAAGGUCUGCGCUGGUUUUCCUCGUUUAACUAUCUGCCAACUGAUGUGACUUAAAAUCUAUCGCGGUGGUGCGUAUGGAUUCAUCACUGGUCUUCAUUUCAAUCGUGAAAUGACAUCUCUAUUUUUUGGUUUAUACUGUUUUUUGUUUUACUUCAUGGUUUCCUAUGGCUUCUGAAGAUAUGUUUUACACUUAUCUUUCUACUUUUACUUGCUGUUGUGUAAGUGAAGUAAAAUGUGUAUGCAUGAAUGUCACUUGUUAUAUUCAUACUGUUUAAAUGAGUGUAGUGUGUUUGUUAAGUGCUGAAUAUUUAAUUUCUGGUCUUUUGACCGACUACUUAAUAUACUGGUGUCCACAUUACUUUUAACUGGGCGUUUGCAAUACUCUUGAUACUGAACUUGUGCUAUAACUUAUGACCAAGAAUUUUCCGGAUGCUAAUAAUUGUUAAGCAAUGGUUACGUUGUGUGUUAACUUUUUAUUUAUUACACGUUUACCUCACUAUAUUAGUUCUGAAACUUGGAUGUACUCAUUUUCUGGUAUUGGAUUUUUAUUAUUGGUUGAUGUGCUCUACUGUUGUUAUCUAAACCUAUAUCAACUCAAUAUGGUAUUACUAUUGGUUGCAGUUUGGUAGUACUUAAAUCGUAGCUAACUUUAGAUUCCAACCCGUUUCUUUCGUUUUAAUUGGGAGUCACUUAGAUGCUGAUUCACACUAGUAAUUUUAAUCUUCCUAGAUUAGCAGUUUCUAAAAAUAUUAAGCAUAUCUUAUGCAGCUCGUGAAGAUUUAAGUCAUUUUUCUGCAGCUUUUCCACAUUUUGUGCCAAUUACUACCCUAUGUAGAUAAAUAGAUACUGGCAAGUUUAAAAUCCUGUACACAGUUCGUAUCAGCGCAAGUUGCCAUGUCUCGCAGUGGGCAAAGUAAAACAAUCAGCAUACGUGAGAGGUUGUUAAGUAUGAAAGGGAGCUGAGGAGACAAAAUUAGUGAUAUACUGCAGGUUGACGUGUGAGCCAUAACUGAUGUGAAUAUGUGGUUGGCAGUAAUGUUCCACAUCACUUAUUACUGGGACAGAUAAACGGCGUAGAAUAAAGUGUAGAGGUAAAUUCGUUUUGGGUUGUGACAAAUUUUGUUCUUUUCGAAGUGACCAAUUCUUUAAAAGUUUGUUUUUGUAUAAAUCUUUAACUCUAGGUCAUAUAUAAAGUUGGUUUAUGUGUUUCAUUGUGGGAUGUCUUAAAAAUUGAAGAAAGUUUCAUAUCAGAUGUCGAUGGUGCCUAUUACACUACAGUGAGCUUUCGUAUUGCGUGUUUCCGUCCAUUCAUUGAUGAAGUUCUUAUUGGUGUUGUAAAGUCUGCCUCAAAAAGUGGUCUACGAAUAUCGUUAAACUUUUUGAUGAUAUCUUUAUACCUGCAGAGAAACUGCGCUCACCUUCAAAAUAGUAAACGGUGCUUAAUCGUUAUUAACCUAAUCUUAGUGAUUAUGAACAGAACGCAUGGAUAUGGGAAUAUGCUUAUGAAGGUGAAACAGCUGAAUUACGCAUUGACAAAAAUGACACCAUUCGAUGGCAAAGCGAUCCUGCGUCAGGGGGAUACAGGAGAUUGGAUUGGAACAUUUUUAGGCCAUACCGGAGCUGUGUGGUCAUGCGUUUUAGAUAAACAUGCUAUAAAGGCAGCUACGGGGGCUGCAGACUUCACUGCGAAAAUAUGGGAUGCAAAUUCGGGCACAGAAUUGGUUUCAUUUACUCAAGAUCACAUUGUUCGGUGCAUUGACUUGAGCAAGACUGACUCCGGUUCAAAGCUUCUUACCGCCAACAACUCGAAAAAGAUUUCUGUGUAUGAUUUGAAUUCUCCAGAUUCUCCCUUAUCCGUAUUCGCGGCACACGAACAGAUAAUUCGUCGGGUUCUAUGGUGUGGUGAAGAUAAAUUGACUCUUUCCAUAUCAGAAGACAAGACUAUGCGUUUGUGGGAUAUGCGAGAUGUGAAUUCGAAAUCUGUAGCCACUCAUCACAUGUGGUCCACGGAAUUGUCGAACCCAAUAAAUGAUGUGCAAUUCCAUAUCCCCUAUAGCGAAAGCCAAGUCAAUGCUGUAGUUGCAUAUGGAAACUCAGUUCAGACGUACACGUUUGAUUGGCGUUAUCCAAACUUGACGGAAGCUCCAGAACCUAACGUAACAUUCACUUUGUCUUGUCCAAUCAAUUCUGUCAGUCACCAUCCAACCGAAAAACUACUUGUUUGUGGUGGAGGAGAUCAUAUAAUAUAUCGACUGAACGCAGAGACUGGUGAAGUUUUAGAAACAUGCAAGGGACAUUUUGGUCCUCUACACUGUGUAAGGUUUUCCCCUGAUGGUCUUUUGUUUGCGAGUGGCAGUGAAGAUGGUACUGUUCGUUUAUGGCAAACUGUUGUUGGAAGUGAUUUCGGGUUGUGGAAGUUGACCGUACCAGAGGAAACAAAUAGUGUCAAUUGCUCAAACUCUGCAUCCUCAAAAGAAAAACUGUAAUUCAAGUUUACCUCCAGUACCAGCUACCGGUGAUACUGAUCGAAGUUGAUGUACACCUGAUUUAUCCAUUGGAUUUUUAAAACCUUGUUAGUAUGCCAGAUUCUAAGAUCCUAUUUUUGUGUUUUAGAGUGUCUACACCACUAUAAAAUACUUUUUAAAAGUCAUCAGGUGGAUUUUGUACAGUACCGACUCUAGUUAAAAACUUCCAUUCCUUUCAUUCGUUUUCUCAGUAAAAUACAUUAUUUAUAUUGUC